AUGGCAGUAACCCCGUUUCUCGGAACGCUGGCCGCCGUCCUAGUAGCCGUUUUUGUCAACCUGCAGUCGCUCUUAAACUCUAGCGAAUUCCGCCCGCUUCCCUUCCACCCUCCGCCGCCUCCCGCGCCUGUCGGUCCGUUCGCCGCUAACGACCGUCUGCUUGCCGUUAAGAAACUCGCUCUAGGAAAAGUUCGCGGUCCGGAAGACGUACUUCCUGACGCUGAGGGAAACUUAUACUCGAGCGACGCGAAUGGAUGGAUUAAGAUUCUGAAGAAAGGCGACGUGGAGCCUCGCGAUUGGGUACACGUAGGCGGGCAUCCGCUGGGUCUUGCGUGGCGGAAGGAUGGGCGGGAAUUGGUGGUUUGCGAGGCACUGAAGGGUCUCCUCUUAGUGGACGUGGCGACUCGCUCGAUUCGUGUAAUCUCCAAUUCCUCCAACGGAAUUCCUUUCAGAAUAACCGACAACGCUGACGUGGCGAGCGACGGAACCAUCUACUUCUCGGAUGCUUCUUCGCACUUUCCCAUCUCGCAUUUCUUCCUCGACAUUCUCGAACAAAGACCCUAUGGCCGCCUGCUGAGAGUCAACCCAGACGAGCAGAAAGCAGAGCUGCCAGAUGAUCCACGUCAUGAAGGGGAUGAGGAUGCCACGUCAGCAACUGCCACGUCAGCAGGGGCCGCCAGCGAGGCAGGGCCUCUGGAGGCGGAGACGCUUCUGGAUUGGCUCUACUUUGCGAAUGGAGUGGCGCUGUCUCAAAAUGAGGACUUCGUUGUGGUGGCUGAAACUAGCAGGUAUCGCCUGACCCGCUAUUGGCUUAAAGGACCGAAAGCGGGCACAUCGGAAAUAUUUCUGGACAACCUGCCCGGGUUACCAGACAAUGUCAACAGCAAUGGGAAGGGUCUCUUCUGGGUCUGCCUUGUGAUUCCUCGUCAACCUGUCAUGGACCUUAUCCAUCCCUUCCCUCUUCUGAAGGCCCUCAUUGGUCUGUUGCCUCCCAAGUACCUCCAGCUGCCGUUCCUCGCUUGUACAAUGCACCAUGCUGGUGCCGUGCUGGCGGUGAACGAAGCCGGGCAGGUUGUGAAAUUUCUUAAUGACCCGACAGGGAAACAUGUUGGAGGGUUUACAAGCGCCCGCGAGGUUGAUGGCGGAAAGGAGCUGGUUUUUGGCAGCCUCUUGAACAAUUUCAUUGGUAGAGUGGCUGUGGAAUGA